UUUUUUUUAGCACGGAGCGGUUUGUCGUCGAUGUAAACUGUCUUUUAACCAGUCAGAGCAGUUUUGAUGCAAACGAGGGUGGAGGCUGGAGUAGUUGCCGUUGUCGCCGCCGCCGCCGUCAGCUGCACGAACUAGGAUGUAGAGAGUCUGUAGCUUUUUUUUGUAUUUUGCAAUAUGAAGAAUGGAAGAAGACGAUGUUACUAUAAGAGAGCAGAAUUUCCACAGCCAAGUUCGAGAGUACAUCAUUUGCUUCCUCCUGUUUGCGGUCCUCUACAUCGUGUCCUACUGCAUCAUUACCAGAUACAAGAGGAAGAGUGACGACCAUGAGGAUGAAGAUGCCGUCGUCAACAGAAUAUCAUUGUACUUGUGCACCUUCACCCUGGCAGUGUCGGGUGGUGCCGUCUUCCUGCUGCCUUUCUCAAUCAUUAGUAAUGAGAUCCUCCUCUCCUUCCCCAAAAACUAUUACAUUCAGUGGCUCAAUGGCUCCCUCAUUCACGGUCUGUGGAACCUGGUGUCGCUGUUCUCCAACCUCUGCCUCUUUGUCCUGAUGCCCUUUGCCUAUUUCUUCCUGGAGUCGGAGGGAUUUGCAGGGUCGAAAAAGGGCAUUAGGGCUCGCAUUUUGGAGACCUUUGUGAUGCUCUUCUUGCUGGCAUUACUUAUUCUGGGUAUUGUGUGGGUGGCGUCGGCCCUCAUCGACAAUGAUGCAGCCAGUAUGGAGUCGCUCUAUGAUCUGUGGGAGUUCUACCUACCGUACCUCUAUUCCUGCAUAUCUCUGAUGGGUGGACUGCUUUUACUCAUGUGUACUCCUGUAGGACUGUCCAGGAUGUUCACUGUCAUGGGCCAGUUACUAGUGAAGCCAACCAUCCUAGAGGACCUGGAUGAGCAGAUUUACUGCAUCCAUUUGCAGGAGGAAGCCCUUCAGAGGAGAUUAAACGGAUCCUCCUCAUACACUUAUACCCGAGGAAGUGUUUCUCACCAGCUCAAGAAAGAAUUGGACAAUAUUAGAAAUCAGAGGAAUAAACUGGAACGACGAAAGAAAGCAUCGGGAUGGGAGAAGAACUUGUUGUAUCCCAUAGUGAUGCUGAUCCUGCUCGCAGGAACGACGAUCUCAGUUCUCAUGGUGGUGCUGAAUAUCCUGUACCUUCUAGUGGAUGAGACCGCCAUGCCCAAGGGAUCCACAGACCGAGGCAUUGGGAACACCUCUUUGUCCACUUUCGGCGUGGCUCAGGCAGUGCUGGAGAUCAUCCUCAUGUUCUACUUGAUGGUGUCUUCCGUCGUUGGCUUCUACAGCCUGCGUGUCUUUGAAGGACUCACUCCCAGGAAGGAUGACACAACCAUGACAACGAUCAUUGGCUGCUGUGUGUCUAUCCUGGUCCUGAGUUCAGCUCUACCGGUGAUGUCCAGAACUCUGGGCAUCACCAGGUUUGACCUGUUGGGAGACUUUGGGAGAUUUAAUUGGCUGGGAAACUUUUACAUUGUCCUCUCAUACAACCUGCUGUUCGCAGUCGUGACAACACUUUGUCUUGUGAGGAAAUUCACUUCAGCAGUACGGGAGGAGCUCCUCAAGGCUUUAGGUCUGGAUAAAUUGCAACUGUCAAACAGCCCAACAGACCCUGAAUCUGGGAAGCUCUCGGCCAACGGGCAUCAGAAAACUCUGUAAAACGUCGAUAGAUCAACACACACACACACACACACACACUCGCGCGCACACACAUACAUGUUAGCACAGCCAAAGGGAGAUUUCGAUAGUACUGCCGGACUGCUGAAAGGUGAAAAGGAUUGGAAGGAACUUAAUAAACCCGGGCAGUGUCUGACGGAUGCUGCAAAUGGAGGCUGAGAGCAAUUUAGCUUCGUGACAUUCCAUCCUCUGCGUCUCGGAUGGAAGCUGGGACAGAGCCAGGGCUGAGACUGAGGAGUGAAAUAGACUGGCAUCACUGCAGUGACCUUCACGUUGACCUCAACCACGACUGUGACUUCAAACCACCCAUCUCUUGCUUCAGGGGCAUUCCCCUCCUUCCUCCUUCCUCCUCCUCCUCCUCCUCCUCCUCCUCCUCCCAGCUUUUGCUACCUGGUAUUCUCCUACCACCUGUACACCGCUGCACUAGACAAAAGCAGAUGAGAUGAUGCACCUUUUUUUUUUAUAUACAUAUAUAUCUAUAUCCGGCUCUGCUCGGUGAAUAAACCUUCCACAAUUCUUUUUUUUUUUGUUUUUUUUAAAUGUCAGUAAGUAUGUGCACUAGAAAUGAAUGGUCUUUAAUUUUUGUUUUUUUGAUUGUUACGUGAACAUGAGGCAUGAUACGGUGUGAGUUUGUUAUUUUUGGUCUCAAAAAUGUGAAAAUAACAAAAUGUGCUUUGUGAAGCAUGAAAAUAAGUCAUUCAUUCAUUACAGCCAGUACAUAAACACAGCAUCAGUACAGCGCUCAUCAUAUGCAUUGGCACUGUCAUUCUUAAUAGCGGGCGUCGCGAUUUUCAGCACUCCUGCUGUCCUACGUCUUUUUAUCUGGCUUUACUUAAGUGCGCUUUAACUUUAUUGAUGAUGUCAUUAGGUUGUAUGAAGUAGGGUAAGAACUGUUUUUAGGUGCUCUAGAUUUGACUGGAGCUACUCUACAAACGAGAAACUAUGUGGGAGUUUUAUCUGCUUCAGCUCCAAAGAGCAGGUUGAUGUAGUGCAUUUGAAGCUAAUCCUAAGGUUAAAGUUUUAUUAUGCACAUGAUUUGUUUUGCUUAGUCCACUCUCCAGAAAGAAAGAAAAAAUAUAAAUUGCAGGGCACAGAAAUUUCUCAUUAUGUAAAUGUUGUAUUUAAAUGUACAUAUUAAAUUGUGUUUCAUACCUCUUUUGCAUUAUUUGGAUGUAAAUACUGGGCACUGACCCGCUGAGGGUCUGACUCACUAGGUAUUCUGUAUUUUGUUGUAAAUAUAUAUAUAAAAACAAAAACAAAACAAAAAAAAAAGGAUCUAAUGCAAACCUACAACAGUCUUCACCCACAGAACGCAUGAGUGUAGCCGGGAGGAAAAACUGGGUGACUCAGGCCCCCUUUACAUGUUGUUGUAUCGCUGCAUAAUCUUCUGAACUGUGACGUCCUUUGUCUCCAGAACCACCUUAAAUGCCUUACAAGCAUCUCGCAGGCUUAUUGUUAAGGUUGUUUCUCGUUCUGUGGAGUUUAUGCUCAUGUACCUACGUGUACAUGUUCAGUGUGAGUCUUCAGACACUUCCACUGUGAUUCCCUGUUUGCCACUGAGUAGUUUUUUGCCAUGAAUGUUGUCAAUGCGGCUUCAUUUUUAGACUCAUUCAUUACGGAUGAAACUUGAGCUCUUGCUAGGGCAGAGUGGAGUGAUCUGAUGUUAUUUUUUAAUUUUAUGUUACAGUAGAUGUCAUGUGUUUUCUCAGUAACUGAAGCGACAUGAAGAUAAUAAGAAGAAAGGAAUAUUUAAUAUAUAUAAUUUCAGGUGUUUGUUUCUUGGUACAGGCCAUUUCUUACACUUUAUUAUAAAGACUGAAUUUAAAGAAGAAUUUACAUCUUCAAGCCUAAUAGUGAUGAAGAGUGAUGCCAACGUCUCCAAUCGGACCUAAGAAUGUUUUGUAAAGGCCGGUCUAAAACAUAUCAUGGCUGAAACAAAAAUGAAUCCAAAGCAGUGUGAUGUUUCUCAUUUUCAAACAUGCUAUUUAAGCAGAGCAAGUUUACCAACAUUUUAUACGAGGAGAAAGAACUGGUAGAUACUUGUUGUUUUGGUUGUCUGCCAUUUCAUGUGUUUCAUGAGUGUGUGUACAGCUGUUUUAUUAAUAGAUCAGACAACAAUAAUCUAUGGAUACUGUGAAAAAUCAAAAUGGCGUCUGAAAAGUGAUGGCAAAUCAGAAAGGAUGAUACUGUAACUUGGCAAAAGAGAACAGUAAAAAGUGUUUAAUUUUUAAUUUGGAUGAGCUGCAGUUACAGGGUUUCAAGAUGUUUCAAAGUUGUGCAACUGGACUCUGGGAUAGUUGGCAGAGAUAUGUCACACACGCGAUUACAAGAACUAUAAAUCAUUAUUAUAUUCCUCAUAGUCGCCUCUGAAGAGAAAACUGACAGGGCCAUUUUCUAGGUUGCCUUUACAGUACAUCUGUGUGUUGUGUGGAAGUUCAAAAAGCUGAGAUUUGGCCCGAGCGGUAAAUGAAGCAGCUUUUAUUUCUGUCCGUUUGUCAGUCGAUCUCUGCAUGUAAUUUUUGGUACAUGUUUUGUGAAUGUAUUUUUUUACGAUUUCUCAGUUUGCUAAAUGUUUCUGUUCCGUUAUUUUUGAUGUUUGUGUGUUUGCAAAUAAAACAAAAUGCUUUGA